UAUGAUACUGACGUGGUGAUUGGUCAUGAACAGGAUAGCAUCUUCCACAGUACUACAUUACACAGGGAUUAAGUUGCUUAGGAUUUCAAUACAAACAACGGAUUACUGCUGUUUUUGUAGCGUAAAUAAAUAGUUUAUUCGGCUCGUUGUUUUAAUUGAGCAAGUCGUCGCCGAUUUAGCGGAUUAUCCGGCUUGUCGGACCCUGUGUGCAGAGACUGAUCUAGUGGCAAAAUGAAGCUCUACAGCCUCAGCAUCCAUUAUAAAGGAGCCACCAAAGCCAACCUCCUAAAAGCAGCAUACGAACUCGCCUCCUUUGGCUUCUUUCAGAAAUCUAGCAUCCAGGAGUUCAUGACCUUCACCAGUGCCUUGAUUGUUGAACGGACAACAGUUGGAAGUCGUGCCUCUGUCAAAGAACAAGAGUAUCUGUGCCAUGUGUAUGUGAGGAAUGAUAACCUGGCAGCGGUCGUCAUAGCAGAUACUGAAUACCCACAGAGAGUCUGCUUCUCAUUGCUCGACAAGGUGUUGGAAGAGUUCUCCAGGCAGGUGGACAGUAUAGACUGGCCCUCUGGUAACCCUGACACCAUUAACUACAAAGCCCUAGACAUUCACUUGUCCAAGUACCAGAAACCCAUGGAAGCAGAUGCAAUGAGCAAAGUGCAGGCAGAGCUGGAUGACACAAAGAUCAUUUUGCACAAGACCAUGGAAAGUCUGUUGGAGCGAGGAGAGAAACUGGAUGAUCUUGUGGCAAAGUCAGAACACCUGGGGACCCAGUCCAAAGCCUUUUAUAAGACCGCACGGAAACAGAAUUCAUGCUGCAAAAUCAUGUGAUCCCGCUGCCUCGUCCCCAUGGACACGCCUCUCUCCCUCUCUGCCUUUAUGGUUGCCCUGGUCCUUCAUCCCCCAUCAAGCACCAGCCACACUCUCUCAACACGACAGACGUCACAUUAAAGGGUGGAAGCUUAGCGGCCAGCCAGCUGGGUCAGGACUUCUAUGGAUUUGGACUGAUGAGGGCUGAAGGAAUGAUGGCAUGUUUUCAGAGGAACCUUUGCGGUGCUUCAGUAGCAGAUAAGGAUUUUACUAACGUGAUGUUGACGUAUUGUGGUGAUGUACGCUCCUGAUCACAAUUUGAAGACUAGUUGAAAAAUGGAAAGAAUUUACAUUUUACACUGUUGGAUCUUGAGGAGGUUCUAAGUGGACCUUCAAAAUGCAAAAAGAAGAAAUGGGAAUGAGACCAAAAAAAAAUAGGGCAUACUUGAUGCCAGUGUUUCCAGGAAGGGAGUGGGAAUGUUGCUCCAGGUGCUGAAGAUGGCUUCACGGAAGGCAUUCACUCUCUGGAACCGAUGUUCAUUUUUCAGGGUUCCUACAUAAAUAUGGAAAGCAUGAUUUUAUAAAUGUCCAGACUUGGGAAAGUAUGGAAAAUGGAAACACAAGUAUGGAAAUGUUCUCUUUUGUAAAAGAUAAAACUAUGAAACUAAAAAAAAAUAAAUAAUUGAUGGAUCUGUU